AUGCCUGGGGCAUUCCUGUCAGCGCAGUCGCUCUACAUCGGGAUGGAGGUGCUGAUCGCAGUGGCGUCAGUGAUCGGGAAUGUGAUGGUAGUUUGGGCGGUGAAAAUUAAUAAGUCGUUGCGAGAUACCACGUUCUGCUUCAUCGUGUCCCUAGCCUUGGCGGAUAUCGCAGUGGGAGCCCUCGUCAUCCCUCUGGCCAUCACUAUCAGCAUCGGACUCCAAACUCACUUUUACAGCUGCCUCCUGGUCGCGUGCACGGUGCUGGUGCUGACGCAAAGUUCAAUCCUGGCCCUCCUGGCUAUCGCGAUUGACCGCUAUCUCAGGGUCAAGAUCCCCACCAGGUACAAGCGGGUGGUGACCCCUCGGCGAGCAGGGCUGGCGGUGGUGAUCUGCUGGACGGUGGCCUUCAUAGUGGGUCUGACACCGAUGUUAGGCUGGAAUAACCUGCACCGCCUCCAGCAGAACGGCUCCAUCAGCUCCGACCUUGUCAUCACCUGCCAGUUUGAGAACGUUAUCAGCAUGGACUACAUGGUUUACUUCAACUUCUUUGGCUGGGUGCUGCCGCCACUGGUGCUCAUGCUGGUCAUCUAUGCCGAGAUCUUCUACAUGAUCCACAAGCAGCUGAACAACAAGAAGCUCACCAGCAGCCACACAGAUCCCAACAAGUACUAUGACAAGGAGCUGAAUCUGGCUAAAUCAUUAGCUUUGGUGCUUUUCCUCUUCGCAAUCAGCUGGCUCCCCCUCCACAUCAUCAACUGCAUCACUCUUUUCUGCCCUGAGUGUGAGAAGCCAAUCGUCCUCCUCUAUAUCGCCAUCCUGCUCACCCAUGGCAACUCCGCCGUCAACCCUAUCGUCUAUGCUUUCCGCAUUAAGAAGUUCCGCACGGCCUUUAGGAAAAUCUGGCAGCAGUACUUCUGCUGUAAGGACACACCAGCUCUGGAGAUUCAGCCCAGCGACAGGAAAGAGAUGCCAAAUCCAGAGCCGCAGCAGGAGGCGCUAGCACAGAAGGAAUGCCCAAAACCAGAUCCGCCCCAACAGCAGCUGCCUCCAUCUGAGCAGCAGAAAACCGAACCUCCGCAGGAACUCAAAGAACAUCCGCCCUCCCUGGAGCAGCACGCUGUCUAACCUGAGGAAGGCAGACAAGUUCUGGCUGGGAAAGUGAUAAUCAGUGCAUGAGCACUGGUUCUCUCCUCGAUUGAA